CUUUUCUCUCGCUUCUCAUACGUCGCUUUCUGUCAUUAGAAAUGGAAGUGGGGAUGAAAUGCGAGCGGGAAAAUGGAAAGCGAUGAAAAAAGCAACCGGUUUUCGUCCUUUUACCUCUCAUCGACUCUCUCUCUCUUUCUCUCUCCGUCUCCCUCUCCCUCUCGAAGCUCUGCCGCUCUCGUCUGAGAUCUGGUUUUGAAAAUCUCCAUGGCGAUUACGUUUGGGUGCUUCUCGAUCAGGGAGUAUGCUUCGAAGAUGAGAAGCGUUGAUGUGGAGAAAUCCUGGCCGUUCUUUCGAGCCGGAGAAAAGCUGAAGAAAGAGGAGAUCACGGGUCUGCUUCCGCCUAUCGCGUGCCGGAAAUACCGUUGGUGGUCGGACGAGCUGGAAGUCGCGAGAUCAGGUUUGGUAGAAAAUCCGGAAACCGGGUGUACGGGCACAGCGGUUUCGGGAAAUACCAGCGAUUUGGGGGUGGAGAAGCUGCUGAUUGAGGAGCCGGAAUCGGUUUUGGGGGCGGAGGAGGAUGUGACGGUGAAGAUCUGCCCGGUUUGCGGUACGUUCACGGCGGCGACGAUAAACGCCGUGAACGCUCACAUCGACAGCUGCUUGGCUCAGGCGUCAAGGGAGGAGAGGAGGAAGAUGAGGACAGAGGGCGCUGCGAAGGCGAAAUCUAGGGCCCCGAAGAAGCGGUCGAUCGUGGAGAUAUUCGCUGUGGCCCCACAAAUUGAACGGUUGGAUGACGAUGAUGACGACGAAGAAGAUGAGGAAGACAAAGAAGAAGGAAGUUCGGAGGGAGAAGCAGAAGACCCUUCGGAAUCGGAUGUCGUGAAAUCUUCUGCGGAGAUGAGUUUGAAGCGGAAUAGAAGGAAAAGGAAACUGAAAAAGAAAAAGGAGUCUGUUGAGACGCUUAUGAAGAAGAAGAAGAAGAAAAAGAAGAAAAAGGAUAAGAAGAACUUGUUGAAGAAGAAGAAGAAGAAGAAGAAUCCGAAUGGGAUUCUCGCAUUUUCGAAUCGAUUGGCCGCGGAAAAGGAAAAAAUUCACAAGCUCAAAAUGCUGUCUUCAAUUGAUUAUUCACAAUUGCUACAAAGCACACUACACAAUAAGAAGUCGGGAAAGGAGAUAGGAAAUCCUGUUGGCAUGCAAAAGAAGAAACCAUCAAAUAUCAAAGGGUUAGCUAAGAAAAACCAGCUCAAAGUUAAAGCUUCCAAGUUGAUUGCUAAACCACUAGCCUUUCCUGUCCACAGCAUUCUCAAGAAUCAAAACGGAGUUGCUUCAGUCCAGAUAACCUCAGCAAUGUGCAACUCUUUGGAUGUUAAUCAAAAGAAACAUCAGCAGAUUCAACACUCGGACAAGCGAGUAAGGUUUUCAGGUAAGGAUGUCAUACUUGGGCACACAAAGAAACGGUGUUCUUCUGUUGAGUUGCCUCAAAUGCAAAGUCUUCGCAAGGUGUUUCCGGAUGUCAUGGCGGAUCAGUCAAUAAAGGACCAAUCAGUGGCCAGUGGUGUAUUUUUGCCUUCUACAGUCGAGGCUCCAGAAGUAAAUGAAAAUGAUAAAGAUGAUUCUUUAAGCAUUGUUGAUGAGAGUGAGGUUAGAUCCAUGAAUGAAAUGAAACAGUUGGAUGAUGUUCAAGGUCAUUUCAUUCCACCUACUAUUGGUUGCAGCAGGAGCCGUCACGAUAUGGAGAAGGUAUCCUUAGAUGAAUCUGUAGAUCUCAACCAAGCCUGGCAGCAAUAUGAUAGUUUGCAUCUGUUCAACCCGGGUAGCCCAAUUUCACAUAAUCUUUCAUGCAUCCCCAAGGUGAUGAAUUCUAUUCCAAAAGAGGGGAUUAAUUGUCACAUGGGAAUUCAAGCAGAAGGGAGCAUUCGAAGGCCACUCAAUACCAACCAAAACUUUCCUGACCCUUUCAUAUUCCCAGUUGCAAGACCUGCGGCAAUUGUGCCCCUGGUAAACACAACCAGAAAUACAACCUCACAGCCUUUGCUACCUUGUUUAGCAGCUGAUAUGGAAACAAUUGAGAAACAGCCGUAUCCAUUGCAAGCCAUCAGGCCAGAAGAUUCUAGUGGUUACAGUUUGCAAUACCAACCAUUGUCCCAUCUCUCUCCAAAAGAUCUGAUCAGCAGCAUACGUUCCACUUCGGCAGAGAUGAAUAAACAAUCAGUUAAUAAGAAUGGGCAGUUUGGGGAGCCAAGGGCAAUCUCAGAUUCCGUAUCUGCCUGCAGAAACAAGUCCACUGACGAUGAUUUUGUUGGUUUGCCUCUUAAUUCACAAGGGGAACUCGUUCAGUUGCAUUCAAGUGGUAAGCCAGGGUUCAACCAGGUUUUUAAGAAACAGAACACAGCGAUGGCUUCUGUUGGUAGCUUCCAGGUGCACAAUCUACUCGGGCCUAAGAGUACGAUGGAUCAUUCAAACAUGAAAGAGAAGCUUCAUGGUGGGUCAGCAUUUCCAAAUUUAAAAUGGUUUCCUGAGCGGAACUUUGCUAAGGUACCCGUACCAUCUAGAUCAGGUUUUACUGAGUUGCAAGGUAUUGGAAGAAGAGAAGUUCAUUUCCCUGAUACAAACAAAGGAAAAAUGCAGUCCACCUCCCAGUCAGGUUUAGAGAUGAACCUGAUGAGUAGCUCUUCGCACGGGUACAGAGAAUACAUCCAAUCUCGUAGUAUUUCUGAGAGGGAAAAAAAUCAAGUACAGGGCAAUUUGGAAAGUGCGUUUCAACCUGCUGCCCAACCAACUAUGCGGCUGAUGGGUAAGAAUGUUACAGUUGGUAGAGGCAACAAAGAAGGCCAAGGUUCUGAGGACGGAAACAUAUGGACAGACAAGGAAAUCAUUUCUGAGCAUCAUCGCAAUACGACUGUUGCUGGCAUCUCCAUUCCAAAAAGAGGUUUUCAACCUGAAUGGGUUGUCCAUCCUGUAUCUGGGACGUCGAGAGAAAGUGUUACUCCUAUAGAAGCAUCAAGCCUUUUGCAGAUGACAGCAGCAGAGCCUAUGCGUGCUCACACGAACAUCAACUGCCAGACCCAUUUGAUGUCGAUAAGUGACCUUCCCUUGAUUGAUGGAGACCAUGUUGCCAACUUUCACCCCUUCAGCCAACAGCUUCCUUCCCAAGCACUGCUGCAUAUGACUUCUAUGCUCCCAGAAAACAGUAUCUCUGGAACUGAAUCCUUUAAAAUGGGCCAUCAAAUACCAUUGCCAAUGUCUGAUCCCCACAAUUGUCAUCUACAGCAUAUGCUGUUGAGUUCAGCCCAAUGUAAACAUAACCAGAGUCUUGCUUACAGUACAACUCUUCCCUUUCCAAAUCAGGAUAGGAGAGAGUAUGUUCAACCAUCAUGUGCUCAACGCUCUUCACCAAGCUUGCCCCCUUGGCUGCGAGAUGCAACACAGCUGAAAGAAACCCCGUAUUCUUCUCUUUCACAUCCUGAUGCUUCAAUUGCCAAACACUACCCCUGCACCAUGUCCGGAACUAAUCUUCUACCCCUCCCUCCAUAUAUCACGUCUGCUAUUUCUUUUCCUGCUCGUAGUUCCAAUACCUACACCUGUAUGCAGAAUCCAUCUACUCCAGCAUCUUUAGUCCAUGAUUCGUUCAUCCCUACCCUUCCAGGUUUCAGGCCCGCUUCUGCAAUUAGCACCAGCUUCAGAAACAGGAGCAAGAUGAGGGAUAGAACAAAUGCCAAAUCGACUUGUUCUAAAGAUCUUGAUGGUGCUAAGAAAGCGAAAAAGAGACCAGCAGCUAAAACCGAUGAAACCACGAAACCCAUGAAGAAACCCAAUUUAGAAAUGCAAAAGGACCUGAAUUCUUGGACAGGACCGCAGAAAGGAGAAUAUUUGCAUGGGUACACACGGUAUAACACAGGAACACCUGCACUCCAUGCUCAUGGGGAUAAACCUGUAACAGAGAUUGAGAAGGAUGAGUUCAGAACUACAUCUGGAGUUAAUUCUUUUAAAUUGGAUGCUGUGGCAAAAUCAGGGCCCAUUAAACUGAGCGCAGGAGCAAAGCAUAUACUGAAACCCAGUCAAAACAUGGAUCAGGAUAAUUCUAGGCCGACGCAUUCAACCAUACCUUUUGCAGUAGUGGCUGAUUCUGGUAAGAUGCCUGAUUUUCAGAGGAAAACAGCAAAGAUUUACAGGUUUUGAUGAGAAAUGAGAGUCCAUCAUGGAAGUUUCCGAAACAAUGGUUUUGUAUGCGAGUAAGAGAAUUGGAAGUGGUGGUGGAUGUAGUUCAAAUGCUUCACAGUCAGAGAGGUAAGAGAACACCAAAUUCCAAUCAGUUGAUCAGGAGAAAAAGAUGAUGUAUCACCCCAGAUUCAUGUCCACAAACUCUAGUCAUGCAGUAUCAUGCAACUUUUGCCAGCAUUCUGGUCAUUGAACCCCUUUCAUUGCAUUAUGUUUUCAAACAAGUCGUAAUCAGGUAACCAGAUCUUUCUCUCAAGAAUCUGACUUCCUGGAAUUGUUGUUUCAUAUGUCACUAUGUUUCUGUUUUCUUGAUAAUUGUAUGUUCUUCUUUGCUGAUUUGCUUCCCCGAUCUCCCUACAGAUCCAUUUCAGGUUUGUGUGGACAGAUGAUUGAUUGUUUGGUUUACCUAUAGGGUUUUUCAUCUAAGAAUGUGAAGGAACUGGUAAGAUCUUUUCGUAA